AUGGUCUGUGUAUUAGCCAUAGUUUUGGUGAGUUAUGUUGUGUUCAGUAUUAGUGUCAGUGAAGUGUUUGGCGAAAGUGUAACCAAAGUUAAAGUGAGUGAAAGUCAAUAUAAAUAUGAUAGAAAGACCUGGAUGUUGCCGCCGGACAUCACCACUCAUCUCAUGGCGGACACCAUUCAUCGCAUGGAGGGGGAGGCGGACAUGGAGGCCAUAAUGCUGGACACGGACACUGGGUUAAGUAAGAUGGAUAUAGCAAACAUGGAAAAUCUUGGGAAAUUUAUUAAAAUGACAAACCCCUACUUGACUAAAGGUAAUCAUGGACACGGCAAACACGGCCACUGGGGAAACCAUGGUCACGGGGGUUGGCAUAAACACGGAGCUAACAAACACGGAAGCCAUUGGGGCAAACACGGUGCUGGACAUAACAAGGGUCAUUGGGGUAAUUGGGGCAACAAGUUACAUAGAGUUUAG